GCCUGCUGGUGUUAUGUAAGACUCUGGACAAUACGUUGACCCCUAGCUUACUGGGCUAGGUUGUUGAACCUGGAAAAAUGGCUACCUACCUCUACAGCCCAGGAAAACAUGGAUAAAUUGUAAAAUAGCAGUGCAAUUUUGAUAUUAAUGUGAAAGUUGAAGGGAGGUAACUUGUACAAGACACCAUAUAUUGUGGUGUUGUUGUGGAGCGAUGUGUGUCCAGUGUAAGGAGUGUGUAGGAUGGUUUGGAGUACAGAUGUAGAUAUUAUCGAACUGGAUACACCAGCUGACAGUACACAAGUCCUACACAAUGACAGCGUGGAUCAGAGAGGACCACAAACCCCCCUAGAUAACAUGGUUCUCAGCUCACAGGGGUCUAUGAUGGGGGGAAUGGACCCUGACUUCCACUUCGGGGCCACAUCAGAUCGGGCUGUGUCCUCCAGCACAGUCAACGAUGCCAAGAAGAAGAAAGGUGUUGGAAUACCAGGCAAAAGUAUAGAGGAGGAGCUUUGUCGAAUAUGUGGUGAUCGGGCCUCGGGGUACCACUACAAUGCCCUCAGUUGUGAGGGCUGUAAAGGAUUUUUCCGGAGAAGUAUCACAAGAGCGGCUAACUACUACUGUAAAUAUGGAGGGAACUGUGAAAUGGACAUGUGGAUGAGAAGAAAAUGUCAAGCCUGUCGUCUGAUCCGAUGUCGUGAAGUCGGAAUGAAGGAAGAAUGUUUACUCUCGGACGAACAGUGUAAAGCGCGGGAUGCAAGACGAAAAUCAAAACAGACAAGGUUUCAGAAAAAACAAGAAACUGUUAUUGUAGAAAAGCCGCUGGGAGAAUGUCCAUCCCCUAGUUUUAAAAGUGCUGACUUUGAAAGACAACUAUCUCCUCCUAACACUCCCAAGGCAGCGCCCCCUCCUGGGAUGUCUCCUUACACUGUGGUGGAUAAUCAACCAAUCAUGAGUGUGUGUGAUGAUACUGCCAAACUUAUAGAGAAACUUGUCAAACUCCAAGACAAGUAUGAGUUCCCCGACGAGAAAAAGAUUGAGACAGCCAUCGAUAUUGACCCCAAUGCUAAAGAGGAAUCGGAGGAGCAUGUGCUCGGUAGCCUGGCUAAAAUGACCGUCCUCAUUACACAUCUAAUUGUGGAAUUUGCAAAGAAUUUACCUGGUUUUACACGGCUUGACAAAGAGGAUCAAAUUGUUUUACUGAAGGCAGCGUCCAGUGAGGUGAUGGCGGUACGCGCUAGUCGAUGUUACGACCCUGUAUCCAAGUCCAUUGUGCUGGCCAAUGGGACACCUUUGACACGGGAGAACAGCCUGGCAGUGGGUCAACCUGAAGCUUAUGUUGACUUGGUGUUCAAACUCUGUAGAGAUAUGGCAGACAUACAGACAGACAACGCCGAGUAUUCCCUCUUUACAGCUAUAUGUAUUUUCUCAACGGAUAGGCAAGGUCUGGGUAACAAAGACUUAGUGGAGCAGAUACAGAAGGUCUAUGUGGAUGCCUUAAAUGAAUAUGAAGCGAAGAAGCGAUGUCGAGGGGGCUGUGCCUUAGCCAAGUACCUUCUUCUUCUCUCUGAUCUGCGCAACAUCAGCCUCGAGCAUUCCAAAAUGCUGAACGUAUUACCAAUUGAGGACAAUCUUAUGCCUCCGGUUGUCAAAGACAUUUAUAUACAGAAUGAGACCUGCUGACACAUGGAUUCUCUAGCGUAAUGCCAGGCUGCUUUAGUUCAGCAUCCAUUGAAUGAUAACAGAAGGUGGACCUCUUAAAGGCAUCUGUGGUGAUGACCUUUUCAAGGUCAUGUAUGGAUGUUGACUCAUAAGGCCGUCCGUGGAGAUUAACCUCUCAAGGCCGUCCAUGGAUGUUGACCGUUCAAGGCUUUCAGAGAUGUCAACAUGCGAGAUAGUAAGAUACCUGUUGUAAGGACGAUAUUUACAACGGUCAAUGCUGAGCUGUAGGAAGCUAAACCACCAAUGUAAAGGAACAUCUGUAUGCGUGAAGGGGGCAUUGUUAUGUGGCAGGAAUUUCAGGGUUGUUGUUAUAGUGAACAUAUUCUACUGGAGUUAUCUACCUUGAUUUAUUUACAAAGGAUCAUCUAUAAUCAUGUAAAUAUGGUGCAAGUUUCAAUAUUACGAGGAAGUGAUUCCAAGGGAGAUAAUCCUCUCGUGCUCAAAUGGUUUCAAGCAAGGACAAAAUGAAUACUCAGAGAUUCGAGGAUUUAGUUGUAUUUGGUGCAUUGUGAAUGUUGAUCUGUUUUUUGUGACCUUAUGUUUGUGACAAUAUUUUUGUGUAUUUUUUAUGAUUUUCUGUGUACAAUUACUUGCUCAUACAAACAUCACAGGUUGUGUGCUGUUCGUGGAAACGUUCCUUAAAAUUAGUUUGUUACCUCAAUUAUUCAUAACGUUCAGCUACCAUAAAAUUAAAAUUGAGAACCAGUAAAAUUCUUAAUAUUCUAUGAUUAAAUAUCAUUUAGCCAUCAUUAUCAUACAAUAAACCUUGUUUUAAGCUGGCAGCUUUAGAUCUCAUCAAAUUUAUUUGAAAUUUUGAUAUUUUCUGUCUUAAUUUUCUUAAUAAGCAGAUUUUUAGGAAUGUUUCUAUCAGAAAACUUUGAGUAGAAAUCAGGGUACACUUUUUCACUACAGAGGACUUAGAGCGGCCCAUCAGGGUACACUUUUUCACUAUUGAGGGCCUAGGGCAGUCCAGCCAUUCGGGUUAGUGAAGUUUGUUUAGUUGUGCUCACACAACAAAUUUGUUAGUGAAUGUUGUAUAUCAGGGACUACCUCUGUGUUAAUUCAUGAUUUGGUUUUAUUACAAGAUCCUUAAAAGUCAAAGAUUAAAAUAACCUCUUAUUGUAAUGUAUCAUUGGCAGGGUAAUGUGAUAUUAUGUGGAAUGUGACAUUAAGAGGAAGUAAUUUUUAUAAUGAAAAUUUUAAUCUGUGCAUAUAAUAUGUAUAUACAGCUAAUUCAGAACUCAGAUUUCAAAUACCACAAGAUGGUAUUGCAUGCUGACUUGGUAGUUUGCAUCAAUAUAAGCCACGAUGAUAAAAGAACCCUAAUUUAAUAAAAGAAUCUGUUUACAUCUGAUAUUUCAAAAGACUGAUACUAGGAAAUAUUAUCAUACAAAAAAUUUCCUGUGAAAAAUUAACCUGAUAUAAAACGCUAUACAGAAAUUGACUGGAAAAUCAAUAGAUAAGUAAUAAUGCCAAACAUAACAUGUGUAAAAUUCUUCAAUAAGGUCAGCUUUGAGAGAAUCGAAACACAACAUAUUCUCAAACUACAGAAUGUUUAUGUCUAUAAGUUUCUAACUAGACCAUGCUGUUGAUGUGGGAUUCUACUUCUCCCUCGGGCACGAUACAAUUACCAGUAAGACACGUAGGACAGAUCGGCAGUAGUCAGUCCAAUUUUCUAUCUAAUUUAAAAACUACAUUUUUCUUGUUUUCUACUUACUUAAUUGUAAUUCUGUUGUAGAUGAAUGUGUGUUUUCCUCAGUGAUAGCUAAAUGUCUGUAACAGAACAUAACAAUUAUCAGAAUAUCAAAGAAAAACUUUGUAGGAAAACUUCACACCAUCGGAACAGAUUAACAUUUGCCUAAUAUUGUUUUCUGUAAUCCUUUUUGGAAAUCAAUUAGUUUAGCUAAAUGUUGCAGUAUAGGAAUGUUUUAGUCAUAUUGGAUUACAAGAUGUUACAGUCACCUUGGUUUAUAACAUGUUUCUGGGGACGGUGAAAUACACUUGGUAAUAUCUGGAUUUUGUUUUACCUGGUUGCCAGGUUUGAGAUCAAUAAUGGUAAAAAGACAGUCUGAAAUUAUAACAUACAUUUAAUUUAAUUUAAUGUACUUAAUUGCUUUUCUCCAACAUCUACAAGAUUUUGAUGACCUUUGGGAUUGUCCUCCAUUUUUCCACAAAUACAGUUUUAAAAGUUUGCUUAAAACUUCCCAUACUAACAAAGUGGGACGAGCGACACAUAUACUUACAUGUAAUUCUUGCUUACAAAUACAAUGAUAUUAAUACUACAAUAAAAAGGGGGCGGCGGGUGGGAUUGAGAUCGUCAGCAUUUGCAUACGCAAGGAAACCCACUUUCCUCGAACAACCUACUUUUGUUUUAGGUAAUGUCCCUCCAAACACUGCUUUAAAAAUUCAUAUUUUUUGUGAACAGUCAAUGCAUUUCUAAACCCUUUGGUGUCUACACCAUAAAUUUAUGAUAAAAGCAACUCAAUACAGUUCAGGUCGGCUGAAGUAUAUUUCACAGAUGACCUUGCUCCGACGACUACAUAGCUAUUGAUGCUCUUACAAGACAAAUGAACAGCUUGUCAUUGAUGAUAGAAAUGUGCACAGUUGUUUUGUCAUUAGAGGUAACAAUGGGAAUUAGGGACUAGAAAAUCACUUUGUUGUUUCAUUAUUGCAGACUUGGUUGUUUCAGUUAAAAUUACGGGGUCAUAUAUAGUGAUGCAAAUCCUGAUUUGAAGUUUUCUUGUUGAUUCCGAAAUUUUGCUGUUCCUUGAACAUUGUUAUAUUGGAAGUUGACUGUAUAUCAUUGUACUUGUGAACUCUGCAUUACAUAUGUUGGACUUUCCCCUACAGACAUUGUCAAUCUUACCAAAAGAGUUCUUCUUCUUUCGUUAUUCAGCCUCCGUCAAAUUACGGCCAAUGGUAGGAUCGUUGCAUAUGCUCUUCAAAAGAAGUAAAAAAGUGCAGGGAUUUGGGUACAGUGAGAGGGUUUUUGUUCUUUGGGGCAGGUAUAUAUCUUUACUUUCACCACUAUGCUAUGCCAGAAUGCUGCAAACUAUCCUGGAAAAAUAGAAUUAUUUGAAAUACCAGUUAAAUUAUACCGACUUCCUACAGUAGGAAUCCUACCUGGCAAUCUAUGAGAAGACAACUUAGGUUUGCAAUAAGCCACAAAAACUUCAAAUCUACCUCGUACACAAGAGUUUGUUCGGACCAUUUUUCACACAGUUUAGGUCCUUUAGAUGUUACAUGAUGCUACAUCAGAUGUUAAUAUCAACUUGGUCAUCAAUUAAAUCCGUGGUCAGUUAACAUCAUCUUGGUCAUCAAUUAAAUCCGUGGUCAGUUAACAUCAACUUGGUCAUCAAUUCAAUCCGCGGUCAGUUAACAUCAACUUGGUCAUCAAUUCAAUCCGCGGUCAGUUAACAUCAACUUGGUCAUCAAUUAAAUCCGCUGUCAGAUUUCAUUCCAGCACAGUGUUAGUAACAAUAUUAGAACAGGAUUGCCUUGUAACUCACAGAUGUACUGUUUUCAGCAAAAACAUUUAUUUUUCUAAUCCUGACUGCAAAAUUUGAAGCAUAUUGUGAUUGUUUACAUGUUACUACAUGUACUGUCAAUAUCUAAAGCUAGAAUUGUUGGAGAUUUUGAGAUUAUACAGAUGGAAGGUCUUGGACUUUGUCCACACCCCUGUUGAACGGGUUCCAUUUUUGAUAAACUGUAAACCGCCAUCUUGUUACAUCUGCUGCAGCAGAUCCUGAUGUCCAGGAAAUAAAUCUGAAUUUUAAUGGUAUAUAUAUAAAUUUAUCUGUUUUAAUUUUAACCUGCAUUCUUGUUCUAUUAUUGUAUUUUAAGAAAUAAUAACAACCAAUCUUUGUUAAAACAUUUCCUGAAACUGAUGGAUUACAAAGUCUGUCUUAUAAGCAUCAACUUGUGGUUGAUUGGUUUGUGUCAUUUUGUGUUCAUGUUUGCUAACCCUCAGGGCGUGCAGACUUGGGUAUGUAUAGUAUAAAUGUUGUUUAUUUUACUGAAUACAUUUCAGUCCUUAUAUCAUUAUAACAAACUAUUUAUGUAGGGUAUGACUCUACAAGGACAGCUGUAGAAGUUUUUCACUAGAAACAUGGACAGCUGUAGAAGUUUCUCACUAGAAACAAGGACAGCUGUAGAAGUUUCUCACUGUAGAAACAAGAUCAGCUGUAGAAGUUUCUCACUGUAGAAACACGGACAGCUGUAGAAGUUUCUCACUGUAGAAACAAGGACAGCUGUAGAAGUUUCUCACUGUAGAAACACGGACAGCUGUAGAAGUUUCUCACUGUAGAAACAAGGACAUCUGUAGAAACAAGGACAGCUGUAGAAGUUUCUCACUGUAGAAACACGGACAGCUGUAGAAGUUUCUCACUGUAGAAACAAGGACAUCUGUAGAAACAAGGACAGCUGUAGAAGUUUCUCACUGUAGAAACAUGGACAGCUGUAGAAGUUUCUCACUGUAGAAACAAGGACAGCUGUAGAAGUUUCUCACUGUAGAAACAUGGACAGCUGUAGAAGUUUCUCACUGUAGAAACACGGACAGCUGUAGAAGUUUCUCACUGUAGAAACACGGACAGCUGUAGAAGUUUCUCACUGUAGAAACACGGACAGCUGUAGAAGUUUCUCACUGUAGAAACAAGGACAGCUGUAGAAGUUUCUCACUGUAGAAACACGGACAGUUGUAGAAGUUUCUCAUUGUAGAAACAAGGACAGCUGUAGAAACACGGACAGCUGUAGAAGUUUCUCACUGUAGAAAAGGAUACAGCAAUAAUGGGUAUACCGGGUAAGUCGAUUGUGCUCUUUUUGAAAGUAUCAUUUUUUUUUUUUUUUUACAGCAUGUAGUGCAACUGUAUUCUGACUUCAGACUAUAUAUUCCAUGAUUAAGUGCUAUGGGUUUUAAAUUUUUACACGAAGAAAUUUUUAUGUUUUAUUUUAAAGAUAUUUACAAUCCUUUAGUGAUGUGCUAGACUUGGUGGCCAAGAUAUGCUGUAUAUCUGAGUAAGGCCAUCUAAGGUCCAAUGAAUAGUGCUAUUGUUUUGUUGACAAUUUUAAACAUCAACCACUGCAUAAACCUAACUGAUUUUUUCACUGAUGAGGCAGGGGAUUUUUUUGCAUUAUUUUGGCAAGGAAAAUCCGAAAUAGUUGAGUGACAAGGACAUUUUCAGGGGAAAAUAUUACAAAUUGUUUUAAAAUAGUUUGUAUCGAAAUAUUUUCAAAAGGGAAUUGGCCUCAUUACUUGCCCCAAACAAAUCCUCGGAAAUAGGCCCUGCAUAAAAAUGUUUAGAAUUAAUUCUUUUAUCUGAAAUAUUUUCAUGGGCAUUCCAAGGAAAUGAAAAUAGAGUAAAACGCCCUCUACCAAUAUUUGUAGCAUAUAAAAUUGUGCUACAGACUUUUUAUUUUCAAACAAGUUGAAAGUGAAGCAAGGAAAAAGUUGGCUCUGCACUCAAAAUGUAAAGGAAUUUUAAAUAAGAUUAACAUACAUGUAGGAUUCAGGUUUUUAAACAUGAUUAAAAUUUACAGAAUUUGGUCGUUAUUGAUUUGAUUUUCCUAUAUAUAAAGGCGUUCCUAUACAAGAGGAUUGCCAGCGAUUUGUUUUGAUACAGUUGUGUACAUGUACACACAAGAAGUUGGCAUAGUUGAUGGCAUUUUACGAGUUAUUAUUGUACCAUAACAUUUAUAAGAUAUUGCUUAAGUUAUUAUGUCACUCACAUUGAAUCACUUCAUUAUCAAUGGAUAUUUUUAAAUAUAUAUAUAUCAGAUUGUGCAUGCUUAUAAAAUAUCAAUUCAUUUUCAAAGCUGUUUAUAUCUUGUUUUUCUAAUUUUGGUUAUUUCUAGAAUUUAAUUCCAUUAUAAUUUUCCAACAUGAAAAUUGCUCAUAUAUUGUGUGUGAGAAUGUUAUAUUAAUUGAAAUCUGAUGUAUAAUGUAGGAGUGAAAAUGUGUGUGUAUACGCGCUGUGUAAUGGUGAGAGUUCUAUAAUGUUUUUAAAUGUGUGUGUGAAUAUAUUCUCGACAAAGAAGUAAAAUUGUCAAAAUCACAAUGUUCUUGGAAAUGAUAAAGCUAUAUAUGGAAAGUGCUGAUGUAUAUAAGAUUGUACAGAGACUAGUGUAGAGGGUAUAUUUUAUAUAGUUGUCAGUACGACCUGUUGUUACAUGCUCUGUAUAUUGUGUAUACAUCUCUUGUCCGGCCUAUACAUGACAAUAGUUAAAUACUUAUAAUAAUUAUUUUCACAUGAUUUGCAAGAAUUUAAAAACAAAAAUUCUUAUAUAUAGAUAAGAGAAAUCUUUUUAUUGAUAAAAUGGUUAAUAUUAAUAUAUACUUUAAAUAUCACUUGUCAUGAAAAAAUAGUUAAUUAGGUCGGGUAGAAACAAGCCAGUGAAACAGGUUCUUUUGGCCUCUUUCUUUCUAUAAGUAGCCUUUGGUAGUAAGUAAUAUUGAAAUAUCUAGAUACCAUGCGAAUUAUGCAAUGUUAAAUAUGCCUAGAUAAAGAACAAUGAUAUCGAAGACACCAGAUGAUAUGUCUAUAAUUAAAAUAUCUUUCCCAGUAUAUAUACUCUUUAGACAUUAUAAACAAGUAGAUUUUUCCGUUUUAUUAAAUACAAUACAGUUUGCAUUUCAACAUAAAGUAGAAUCUUCUGUUUAAAUAAUUAUUAUUUAUUGGCAUCUGAUCAAUAGGUUAAUUGGUCAGGUUUAUAUUGUUCUGUUCCGUACAGUAUACUUGUAAUAGCCCUUGGUCAUCUGAAUACCUAAAUGAUCAUCGUUAAUAGAAGAACAAUGAAGAAUACCGAUAUGAUUUCGAACUCAAAAUGGAUUAAAGGAGGGCAAAAACAAA